CCUCAAUCCGACAACACAUAUAUUUGGAUAAAUGAGGUUCUUAUCAGCGGCUUUUUUCUUAUUCGGCUUGAUAGCUGUCAGCAAUGGCCAUCGUUCGAAACACUCCAGGUCAUUUGGAAUUAAUUUGAACAAACACCCAAAGCAGGAAUAUGCUACACGGGUGUACCUGCCAGGCAAGCCCUCAUAUGGUUCUGCACAUUCACUAUUGCCGAGUCCCUCGAAAACGCUGGAACAACUCCCUGAGGAAACCAAUGACUAUGCCGAUAUAAUAAGCAAUCCUGCGGAGGACAGUGACCUACUAGCAAACCAACCAAAUCUGCCGUCAAUAUAUAGCGAACCGUCCCCAUGGAAUUUUGACUAUCCACGGAGACGACCAUGGUAUUGGCAAGGUUAUCCUUAUAGAUGGAAUGGAGGCAGGAGAGGAAAAUCCAAAUAUCCAUACGGAGGACGUAGACGUUCUCCAUGCGAUAAACAUCGUUCUUCUAGAGAUGCUGAAAAAACACCAUGGGGCAAACAUCACAAAUCUAAGAGCCAUAAACGGACACCAUGUGAUAAACAUCACUCGUCUAAGAAAAGAAAACCAUCGCCAUGUGACAAGCCAACUCGACCACCAAAACAUUCCAAACCUUGCCAUAAAUGUAAACCAACCAAGCCUCCUUGCUCUAGUAAACCAGUACCAAAAACAACUACUGUUGCACCAGAAGUGACCACGCAACCUCAAGAAAGUACUGAAGUGCCAGUAGUAUCCACACAAGCUCCAGUAGAGUCAACUACUCAACCUAAAGUCGAAACUAGCACACCAGAACAGCCCAACACAAGCACCGAAGUGUCAGUAGAAACAACAGAAGCUUCGGUAGAGUCGACUGCUCAACCUGAGGAAGAAACUAGCACACCAGAACAGCCCAACACAAGCACUGAAGUUCCAGUAGAAACAACAGCAGCUUCGGUGGAGUCGACUACUCAAUCUGAGGUCGAAACUAGCACACCACAAAUAAGUACACCACUACCAGAAGAUCCUAAAGCAAGCACUGAAGUAUCAGCGGAAGAAGCAGAAUUAUCGGAGAGCACGACUGUGUCUGUGGUAAACACUACCAAAGCUGGUAUACCCGAUGCAGAAGAAUUUAGUGCGGGUACUCCUGAAUCUGGAAGUCUAAUUGUAGGCACUACACAGCCUGAGGAUAAUACUCCAGCACAAGUUACAGACUCAGUAGAGCUAACCACCCCUCAAACCGUAAGCAUUUCAACUAACGCAACAGUAAUUCCUCCACAAAGCGAUGAGCAACCAAGUGAGAGCUCCACUCAGCCCGAACCUGAAGUAACUACUGUAGCAACCGAGGAACCAAGUGAGAGCUCCACUCAGCCUGAACCUGAAGGAACCACUGUAGCAACUGAGCAACCAAGUGAGAGCUCCACUCAACCCGAGCCUGAAGUAACUACUGUAGUAACUGAAGAACCAAGUGAGAGCUCCACUCAGGCCGAGAAUGAAGUAACUACUGUAGCAACUGAGCAACCAGUUGAGAGCUCCACUCAACCCGAGCCUGAAGUAACUACUUUAGCAACUGAGCAACCAAGAGAGAGCUCCACUCAGCCUGAACCUGAAGUGACCACUGUAGCAACUGAGCAACCAAGUGAGAGCUCCACUCAGCCUGAACCUGAAGUGACCACUGUAGCAACUGAGCAACCAAGUGAGAGCUCUAUACAGCCUGAAGCUGAAGUAACUACUGUAGCAACAGAAGAACCAAGUGAGAGCUCCACUCAGGACGAGCCUGAAGUAACUACUGUAGCAACUGAGGAACCAAGUGAGAGCUCCACACAGCCUGAAGCUGAAGUAACUACUGUAGCAACUGAAGAACCAAGUGAGAGCUCCACUCAGGCCGAACCUGAAGUAACUACUGUAGCAACUGAACAACCAAGCACUCCACAACCUGAAGAACCAGUUAUAAGCACGACCGUUCGGGAUUUAAGUACAGAAACUAGUUCCGAAGCAGUACCCACUACAGUUAAACCGUGUGAUCCAAAACCGGGUUGCAAAUGCGGUUGUUGUCAACGAGUUAAGACCCUUGCUUUGUUGAUAUAUUCUUCUGCAGAGAGCGGUAAUGCUAUUGGCAGUAAGCAACCGAACUGUUCACAAGGCUGCGCCGAUAAAGCGCCUGUUGAUUUAUUCUCUCAACUUAUUGCCAAGCUCAGAUUAAAUCAGAGUUUAUAAUAGGAUGCAACUUUUAUGAAGUUUUGAAAA